GGUGCUGCUGCCACCGACGCCGGGCCAAGUUCUGGGUGGGCCUGGGGCCGCCGGUACAGCUGGGGAGUCAGGCCAGGCAGCGGAGGAGGAGGAAGAGAUGGACCCCCCGGACUCGGCCUCGAGGGUCUUCUGCAGCCGCAUCCUGAGCAUGGUGAAUGUGGAUGACGUCAAUGCCAUAAUCCUGGCUCAGAAGAACAUGCUGGACCGCUUUGAGAAGACCAAUGAGAUGCUGGCAAACUUCAACAACCUAUCAAGUGCCCGCCUGCAGCAAAUGAGUGAGCGCUUCCUGCACCACACGAGGACCCUGGUGGAGAUGAAGCGGGACCUGGACAGCAUCUUCCGCAGGAUCAGGACACUGAAAGGGAAGCUGGCCAGGCAGCACCCAGAGGCCUUCAGCCCGACUAAGCCCACUCCUGCCUGGGCCUCCUUUCCCCAGACAUCCCGGAAGCAUCCCUCCUGGAGGACGACGAUGAAGACCCCAUUCCGCCCAGCACCACAACCACCAUUGCCACCUCGGAACAGAGCACAGGCUCCUGUGACACCAGCCCAGACACCAUCUCGCCCUCUUUCAGCCCUGGCUUUGAGGACCUGUCCCACGUCCAGCCUGAUUCCCCUGCCAUCAAUGGCCACAGCCAGACGGAUGACAAGGAGAUACAGGGUGAAUAGCCCUGCUCCCAGCUCAGAGGGGUCACAGGGCUCUCCAGGUGUCUGAGGUGGUAGUGGGUAACCCUGCCUCCAGACGGUCAGCUUUGCCAUCCUAUUCUGUCACGCAGGGCACUCUGGGAGACAAGGCUGCCUCCCAGGGGUGUGGAAUUCCUGAGGGUCUGUCAUUCCCACUCCUUCCUCACUGAGAGCAUCUCUCUCCUUCAGACCCUCUUCCGGGCCAGGGGAUGAGCAGUCAUUUGGAGUCAAUGGGCUGGGCACAAGGAAGCUUUUUCAGAGCCAGGGCUGAGGUCUGCUCUGAACAACACUUAAAGGUUCCCAAAGACAAAAGCCAGAUAUCCCGUCUCAGCGCCCCCAGUCAGGACCUCCUUGAGGUGGGCAAGCACUAUCAUGUCUGAGUUCACCACACCCCCUUCCUGCACAUAUAGUUCUGGUGUCCCUGUCCCUUCCUCCAAUGAAAGUAUUAAAUACUUUCUCAAAUCGGUAUCUCAAGGCUUCUGAAACAAUUGUAGAAAGCUCACAAAAGAACCUGCUCCUCAAUCCACUGAACCCCAAGCGUGAUAAGGCCCAUGUCUGUCUGACUAGAGAAGUGGAUGGACCCUGAGGGCCCUGCAGGCUUCUCCCAGGGCCUCCAUGAAGCAAGCCAAGCCACCUUGGAAAACAGAAAUUAAUGGAAUAUUUUUGUAUUUGAUGUUUACAGAUGCUGUUGGGGAGUUAUUAAUAAAAAGACUCCAUUACUAAAAAGAAAAGGAUGUACCUAGCAGUGGCUUUUCCCCAUGGUCGGGUCCAUCGGCUCAGAAAGGGGAGAAGUGCUGGGUGUAGGAGGGACAGGAUGGGGUACACACAGCCAGGCACCACUGAAUUAGAAAGAUGUGGCUGCCCUUGGUGGGAAUCUCAGGUGGUGGCAGCCAUAAUAACCCAAAUUCCUAUCAUUGUUGCUCACAACACUUCCCUUACCUCAGAGACUUUUCAACCUUUUUCAUUUCAUGGCACACAUUAAUUAAUAAAAUUACACAGCACAUCAGAAAAUAUAUAUUUUUUUGCCUGACCCCCCCAAAAGGUGUAAUUUUGAUUCAUUCACACUGGACAACUAUUUUGUUGGCU